AUGCCUCUGUGGGAAUACUGUACAGACGAUUACGCCAACACGCACUCAAUCAGCCACGCCCCAGUGAUCCACCCGACUCCAGCAGAUAUUACCAGCGAAAGCUGGUGCAGCGUCCAAUACCCGACUACACCCGCCCGUCAAGCCAUACCACUCUCGACAGCACAAACCCAACAGCGGGUAAUCCACUGGUUGGAAACAUACCAUGUUACAAGUCCCUUGUAUUCCGUGCGCUACGAAGCUAUAAGCAGGAACAGCAACAACAGCUGCAGCGGCGGCGGCGUUGUAAUUGGGAAUAAAAGACGGUUAAGCGAGAUUUCGCUUGUUGAUUUUCUUAAAUGUUCGGCACCGUAUCGGCCGUCGUUUCUAGACCGCAGUCAAAGGAACUACGAGCAAAGCGAGCAAAAACCUCAGCAGCAGCAUCACAAUUUAAAUGAGUGGUGUACAGCUCAUACGGAGUCGCCGGUACUGAAUUCCAGCAGGCAAAGUCUCAACGCCAAUGGAUUCAGAUGUGCGCAUGUGGGGGGCGGUGUGUGGCGGCCCAUGUCAUUGUCCAACACAAGCAGUGCAGCAGCUACGAGCUUGGAAGACACUCAAUCGACGGCACUCGGCGGAUUGACAAAGUCCACAAGGUCAACCGCUAAACUGGGCAUGUCCUCAGCAUCAGCUAAUGAAGUCAGCAGCGGGAUUGGCAGUAGUGGCAGCAGCAGCAGCAGCACCAACGAUAAUGAUGCUGAGUUUCUGGGCCAUGUGUUCCAGCAUUUUGUCGCAUUCCAGCCGUUGGAUUUUGCACCACACACGCCGGUUGCGCGCAGCAUUGCUGACGACACUCUUUAUGCCAGCAGUGACAUUGAAGACGUAGACUGCAAUGCGCCAGAAGGAGCCAGCAGCAUAAAGAAGUCAAGUCUGUGGUCGUAUUUUUCAGAAAUGUUCGAGGAUUUUACUCGCGACGUGACAUUUAUCCACUAG